AUGGCGUUAUUACAAGCAAUUUUAGAAGAAAAUAAAAUUCGAAAGAACAGGAUCUUUAGGGAUAGGCUAAAUCCAUUGGAUGCGUAUGACGACGCGGAAAUUCUUUCCCGCUAUCGAAUGACAAGACAUUGUUUGAUGGAUGUCAUUGACAUUGUAAGAAAGGAUGUGUCACAUGAGACAAAAAGAUCUCAUGCCCUUACGCCUGAGGAACAAACUUUUGCUGCUUUGAGGUAUUAUGCAACUGGUUCUUUCCAGCAAGUGGUUGGGGACAUUUUAGGACUCAGUCAACCCAGCGUUUCCAGAGCAGUGAAGAAUGUUUCCAAUGCACUGGCUAGUUUUGCGGGACAAGUUAUUCAAUUCCCGACGGAUUGCCGAAAACUUCAAACUGUUAAAGAAGGUUUUAUGGAGAAAUUUGGAUUUCCAAAUGUAAUCGGUUGUGUGGACGGGUCAUUCAUUCCAAUUAAGGCCCCAUCAUCACGCGAGGACGUGUAUGUAUGUCGCAAGGGUUUUCAUGCGCUAAACGUACAAGGGAUUUGCGACAGUCAGAAAAAAUUUACAAAUUUGCUCGUGAAAUUCCCUGGCUCGGCGCACGAUGCCUUCAUAUGGAGUCAGUGUGGUGUACAAACGUUCCUUGCCCGAAACACGCAGGUUGGAUUUUUACUUGGAGAUCAGGCCUAUCCUCUGAGACCAUAUUUGCUUACUCCUUUACGAGAUCCCCGCAACCCGGCAGAGGAGGCUUAUAACCGGCAGCAUCAAAAAACAAGGAAGGUGAUUGAGGAUACUUUUGGCAGAUGGAAAUGCAGAUGGCUUAUGCUGCAUAAAUUUGGUGGUGCAAUCACAGUUGAAUUGACAACAGCUGUAAAGGCAAUUAUAAGCACUGGUGUCCUGCAUAAUAUUUGCGAGAGUAAAGGUAUACCUUUACCGGAGGUUUAUCAGGCGGGAGCUGAGGACGAAGGCAGUGAGGACAUCACCCCUACAGACAGAGGACAGGACGUGGUGGAGGGUGAAGCUGUUAGAGCCAGUCUCAUCAGAGCACACUUUGUAUAAAGUGUUCUGGGUUUCUUUAACACUUAAAUUGCAAACAUUUUACUUAAUUAAUAUAAUAAAGUGAGUCUAAAUGAAAAUUGGUGCUUAUACAUGUUAUACAUGGAUCUUGUCAAAGUGGAAUACUAAGUAUUAGUAUUUUACACCCUAUCUCCCGAAGUAUACAUAAUAAAGUCCUCCGUAUACAAAUAUUGUUUUUAGAGGUUUAUAUACAGGUAUAUGCAGAAGUUAACAUUAUCCUCAGACAUAUUUAAUUUUUAUGAUUCUUAGUUAAUCAGAAACUAAUACUAUACAUUGUAAGUAUAAACUUUGAAAACAGUACAUUGCGUUCGAAAAUGAAACUUAAUAAAUGUAAAUUUGACAUGCAGCUGCAAGAAUUCUUAUUUAACUUCAUCUAAGUAUCAACCUAACUAAAAAUGAAAAUAAUGCAUGUACGUUAUUAAUUUUGUUGUAACAAUUUGAGUCAUUUAUUUAGGUUAAUGAGGCAUACAGGUAGCUGUAAUCUUGGGGCAUGUAUUCCUGGGUCUGAGAAUUGCCUUUACUAGUCUUGUUCGCCAUGUCUUGAAGGAUGUGGGAUAUCUUCCUCAGUUCCUGCAAGCGUUCUUUUUCUAGCAAAUACCUAUCUUCCUCGAGUUUCAGUCUCUGCUUUUCUAUCAUUAAUCGCUCUUUCUCAAUACUCAGAAGUUCUGAAUG